AUGUCUUCCACCACUCUAUCUCCCACAACCCCAUCUCAGCUAUGUUCUGGAAAGAGUGGAAUUUUCUGUCCCUCAAUAGCUCUUCUUGUGAAACCAACAAGGACACAUAUGAUUGGGAAGGGUAAUAAGGGAAUGAAAAUUACUUGCCAAGCUACCAGCAUUCCUGCUGAUCGUGUACCAGAUAUGAGUAAGAGGAAAACCUUGAAUUUGCUUCUUCUUGGUGCUCUUUCACUUCCUACUGCUGGAAUGCUUGUUCCAUAUGGUUCCUUCCUUGUACCUCCAGGCUCAGGUUCUUCAACUGGUGGUACCAUUGCCAAGGAUGCCAUUGGCAAUGAUGUAGUUGCAGCGGAAUGGCUCAAGACUCAUGGACCUGGCGACCGUACUCUUACACAAGGAUUAAAGGGUGAUCCUACAUACCUUGUGGUAGAGAAAGACAGAACACUUGCAACAUUUGCGAUUAAUGCCGUAUGCACUCAUCUCGGGUGUGUCGUGCCGUUUAAUCAAGCUGAGAACAAGUUCAUCUGUCCCUGCCAUGGAUCUCAGUACAAUGACCAAGGAAGAGUUGUGAGAGGACCUGCACCAUUGUCUCUGGCAUUGGCACAUUGUGAUGUUGGUGUGGAUGAUGGGAAGGUUGUGUUUGUUCCUUGGGUUGAAACAGAUUUCAGAACAGGUGAUGCUCCAUGGUGGUCUUAG